GUUGUGAAGAUGGAGGGUCAAGAUGAUGAUGAUCGUACUCUUGAAAAAGAUGCUACCUCCACCAGUUAGAGCCUUCCAGACUCGCGAAGACCUUCUCAAACAUGUUCGCGACUUUGCGUUGACACAGGGAUAUAUGAUAUCGAUUAAAGAUUCUUCCCGGGAUAGAUAUGUGAGCGUUUCGUGUGAUAGAGGUGGCGUUUAUCGCAAAAGGCUCAAGACUGGUGAAAAUAUGCGCCAAAGAAAGACGCCUUCACGCCUUACUAAUUGUCCCUUUAAGGUUGUUGGGAAAGAAGAUCAUGAUGUGUGGGCACUCACCAUUAAAUCUGCCGAACACAGUCAUGAACCUUCUAAAGAAAUUUCUGACCACCCUUCUUGCCGGCGUUUUACUGAAGAAGAGGUGUUAACGAUAAGAGAAAUGACUGACGCAGGUAAAAAGCCACGACAGAUUCUCAAAGCUUUAAGGAAGAGAAAUCCAAGUCUUGUAUCAGAUUCGAGGAAUGUUUACAAUGUCAAAGCUAAAAUUCGGCGCGAGAUUUUAUCAGGAAAGAAGAUGGAGCCUUCAACAUCAUCAUCGACUGCCAUAAACGCAGUCAACGGUGCAACCAAGCUGACGCAACCACACCUCCAAAACGGCUUAGAAGUUACAGGGUCAUCCCCGGUGUGUAUGGAGAGUAAAACAGUUGGUGAAAGUUGCGCUCUAGCCGCAGAGCUUUGCCGCCACUUUUAUACACUUGGUUGGGUAUCGGGUACAGGUGGCAGCAUCACAAUCAAAGUUCACGAUGAUGCCAUUCCCAGGCCUCACCAGCUCAUUGUCAUGUCCCCUUCUGGUGUUCAGAAGGAGAGAAUGGUUGCCGAGGACAUGUAUGUGCUAUCUUCUGAUGGAUUCUUGUUGUCAUCACCUCCUCUUAAGCCAUAUCCUCACCGGCUUCCUAAGUGUACUGAUUGUGGUCAUAUUUUCAUGAAGGUUUAUGAAAUUUGUGAUGCUGGGGCUGUUAUUCACAGCCAUGGAAUUGAGGCUUGUCUUGUAACGAUGAUGAAUCCUUUCUCAAAGGAGUUCCGUAUCACUCAUAUGGAGAUGAUAAAAGGAAUUCAAGGCCAUGGUUAUCAUGAUGAGCUUGUGCUCCCAAUUAUUGAGAACUCUGCCCAUGAAGGGGAACUCACGGAGUCCUUUACUGAAGCGAUCAGUGCAUACCCGAAAGCAACAGCUGUACUUGUUCGCAACCAUGGGGUAUAUAUUUGGGGAGAUUCAUGGAUUAGUGCCAAAACACAGGCUGAAUGCUAUCAUUAUCUCUUUGAUGCGGCUAUCAAGCUUCAUCAGUUGGGAUUGGACUGGUCCACUCCAACCCAUGGUCCAAUUCACAAUAUCCAGGGAGUUUGGGGAUGUGGUGUGAAUUUAAGCAGGGCUCUGAAGGCUGGGUCUCUUACUUUGGAUUAUGUGAUUGAACCUUCCCAAUGUUGUGUACUGCUCAACAUAGAAGGAACUAUGACCCCCCUGUCAUUUGUUAGUAAUAUUCUUUUUUCCUAUGCCCAUGGUAAUGUAGAGAAACAUUUAGCUGCUACAUUUGACAGUGAAGAAACUCAAGAUGAUAUUCAUCUUUUGCGUUCUCAGAUUCAGAAUGAUUUGGAUCAAGGUGUUGCUGGAGCUGUGGCUGUCCCACCAGAUUACGUUGGACAAGAUUUGGUGAUUCCUGCUUUGGUUGCCAAUGUGGAAGCAAUGAUCAGGGCUGACAGGAAAGUCAUUGCCCUAAAACAACUGCAAGGUCAUAUAUGGAGGACUGGAUUUCAAAAUAAUGAGUUGGUGGGCAUUCUAUAUGAUGAUGUGCCAGAAGUUCUUGAGAGAUGGCAUGCUGCAGGCAUCAAGGUGUACAUAUACUCAAAUUGCAGCAGAGAAGCACAACGGCUUCUAUUUGCAAAGUCCAAUUAUGGGGAUUUGAGAAAAUACUUUUGUGGAUUUUUUGACACUGUGGUGGGAAACAAAAAUGAAAGCCAUAGUUACCUGGAGAUUUUGCGCACAGUUGGAGUGGAUAGGCCAGCAGACAUGUUAUUUGUGACUGAUGUCUUCCAAGAAGCUGUUGCUGCCAGUGCUGCAGGUUUGGAAGUGAUAAUCUCCAUCCGGCCAGGAAAUGGAGCUCUACCAGAUGAGCAUGGGUUUAGAACGGUUGAAUCCUUGUUGGAUACUUAAUUCCGCCCAUUAUGGGUAUGUAAUGUAAUACUACAUAUUUUUUUUGUAUUAAUACAUGUUGUGUAUGCAAAUAGUGUUGUUUCUCCAUGUAAAUAUGAAUUAGUUUAUUUAG